AUGGUUUUGAUUAAAUUAAUUACCUUUAAUCUGCUGCUCUCUGUUCCAUUAGGGGCCCUGUGCUAUGCUGAACUGGGCACCAGCUUCACAAAAUCAGGGGGCCACUACACUUAUCUACUGGAGACACUGGGGCCACUGCCUGCCUUUUUACGACUCUGGGCUGAGUUCUUUUUCAUCAGGCCUUCUGUGGCUUCCUAUGUGUCCCUGGCGUUUGGCCGCUAUGUGGUGGAGCCGUUCUAUGCACCCUGUGAUGCUCCCACAGUACUGAUCAAACUUGUCAGCAUCUUGGGAUUGACGUUUGUGGUGGUGGUGAACUGCUGGAGUGUGACCAUGGCCUCCCGCACUCAGGUCACCUUGACUUUUAUCAAGAUGUUUGCUCUGGUCCUCAUCAUCGUCCCCGGUUUCAUCGCACUGGCCAAAGGAAAAACUGAGAACUUCCAGAACGGUUUUGAAGUCGAGUCAAUAACACUGGAUAGGUUGCCGCUGGCAUUCUAUAAUGGCCUAUAUGCCUACGGUGGAUGGUUUUAUCUGAACUUUGUCACAGAAGAGGUCAUUAACCCAAAUAGAAACAUCCCGCUGGCAAUAAUCUGCUCCAUGGUGAUGGUGACAGUCUGUUAUGUGCUUGUUAACGUGGCCUAUUACACCAUGAUGACUCCUGCUGAGCUGCUGCUGUCUGAAGCCGUGGCUGUGACGUUUGCCAACCGUGCUCUCCAGGGAAUGGCCUCCGUGAUUCCCUUUCUAGUUGCCCUUUCCUGCCUUGGAGCGCUUAACGGUGGUUUCUUCGGGGCACCGAGGAUGCUGUUUGUGGGAGCCAGGGAGGGUCACUGGCCUCCGAUCUUUUCCAUGAUUCACAUCCGCAGACACACACCAUUGCCUGCUGUGCUGUUAUUGUACCCCAUGGUGGUGGUGAUGUUAAUGACAGGAGAGAUCUACCAGCUCAUCAACUUUGCUUCCUUUUCUCGCUGGUUCUUCAUCGCCUUGGCAACCUUGGGGAUGCUCAUCCAUCGAUAUCGCUUCCCCCUCCACCCAAGACCUUUCAAGGUGCCACUGGUCAUCGCGGUCACCUUCACCGUGGUCUGCUUCUUCAUCGUGGGUCUCUCUCUGUACUCGGACCCCUGGAACACAGGGAUCAGCUGUGCCCUCACCCUGACCGGGGUCCCAGUGUACUAUCUGACCGUCUACCGCUACCGCCUGCCCCAUUCAUGGAGACGCUUCUUCGACUACUUGAGCAAGCAGCUGCAGAUCCUUUUGGAAGUGGCUCAGCAGGAAGUGCGAACAUACUGAAGACCGCUUUCUACUGAAUAACACCUUGAGAAGUCCUAGAUUACUAUUUUGUUACGGGUUUGAACCCGUUUUAGCUGUCCAUUUUGAUGCUAAAAUAACUGUAAUGUGCUGUUUUGAGAAAACUAUUAAAACUACAAAU